AGACCAGCCCCCCACAAAGCCAUCCCGGCACUAGAGCAGAUGACGCUGUCUUGAAAUGCAUAAGAUUGUUGAGGAGACAGACCGGGUAGAAACACUGUAAUCCGUCUGAAAAAAAAAUCCAGCCCUCAUAAAAAUUCGUCAUGGUAGCCAACGAAGAUAACGACUCGCCGCUGUCCAUCGCGGCCAACGUGGCGGGCAUCUUGACCUUCGUCGUGGCCAUCCUGGCGGCCGCCUACGUGCGCGUCACAUAUCUGCGCAAUAGCGACGCCGAGUACUUCCGCGUCAAGGCGUCGCUCUCGUGGUACAAGACCGAGUCGACCUGGCUGACGGACCUGGUGCGCGCCGCGGCGGAUCUCGACGGGCCGGGCCGCGGGAGGCGCUACAGCAUCACCGCCGAGUUCCAGAUGUACACCUUCGUCAUGGAGGACCUCGUCAGGCUCGAGCAGCGCCUGCUCGAGCUCGUCAAGGAGACGGAGGAGAGAGCGACGGCGGACGACGACACCAGCGACGCCGGCGACGAAAAAGGACGGGGAGCGCACGUGAAUCCCAGAGAUGGGUGGACGUUUGUGCCCAAAAGAUGGACCUGGAACUGGACCAAGAUCAGCGUCGCCACGGCUUGGCUCUCGGUCCGCACCAAAGCCCUGGAGCUAGUGAGGCAGAGGGACGCCCUGACCGCCAGAGUGCUUUUCACGCAGAUGAGCAUGGUCGCAUCACGGAUUCGCGAGCUGGAGAGCCGGACCAACUGGCGUGAGGUCAAAGCCACCGAAAGCUUCAAGAAACUUGAGGACAUGAUCACUUCACAGCAAGGCGAAAUCCGGCGGUUAGAGGACUUGGUGUAUCGCAUCAUGCAUAAGCGCCGGGUGGGCGGAGUGGACCAAGUGCCCAUGGCCUCGGAUCCGUCUCCGUCAGCGCCUUUGUCUCCGGUCGAGCCAACUUCGCCCUUGUCCGGUCAUCGAGCGUCGUCUUCUAGCAGCGAAGCGGCAGAUCCAGACGACCCCCUAUCCACCCGCAGGCUGCCUCGGACGUUUCGCGGCUCCCCGACUAGAAGGUCAAGAUCGAGAUGAAUAGGCGGAUCAGCCAAAAAGGCCGGGAUAUUCGUUUAUGGAGCGGAGCUGGUUGAUCGUGUCAUAUAGCUUUACUUGAGACUGUAUCCGCCCUGCCAAAGGAACGUAUAGCAAGCACCGAGACUCAGAACAGACAGCGACAGGUUCAGUUCGAGAAUGGCCCACAC